UUUCUCACUUCUCUGCAAGCGCGCGCACACACUUUUCUCUCUCUCAAAUCUCAUCUAGCUCAUUUUCUCCCUAACAUUUUCGAAAUCAAAUCUGACUGCACUCUUUAGCAGUAUCGAAGCUCGAGAAAUCUCACUGAAUUCGAUUGAUUCCAAUUUCUCAGUCUGUGUUGUUCUCCUGCCCUUUUUUUCGUUCGAUUUCUGACUGUUCGUCCACGGAAGCGUUUCGAGUGAAAAUCAAUGGAGCAAUUUCCCAACCACGAGCUCGAGUAUAUUGUCGACGAUUACUACGACAUAACUGAUUUCGAGGAUGACAACGAUUCUCCGAGGAUCGGAAGUAGUUCCAUGGAUGGUGACUCAUCUGACUCCGAUUUUGAGGACGAUUUUGAGCUGAACAAUCCAAUGACUGAUACAUCAGCUUUAGAAGUCAAGAAAGGCAAGGAUAUUCAAGGAAUUCCAUGGGGAAGGCUCAAUUUUACUAGAGAGGAGUACCGUGAAUCCCGUUUGAAGCAAUACAAGAAUUAUGAGUGUCUGUCGCUCAGCCGUGAAGAUCUUGAGAAGGAGUGCCAAAAAGUGGAGAAAGGCCACAACUUCUACGAUUUCCAGUUCAAUACAAGGAUGGUCAAAUCCACAAUCGUCCAUUUUCAGCUGAGGAACCUACUAUGGGCAACCUCAAAGCACGACGUUUAUCUGACCCAAAAUUACUCUGUGAUGCACUGGUCAUCAAUGCUCAGGAAGAGUCGAGAAGUACUUAAUGUUGCUCGGCCUGUUGUACCAACCCUGAACUCCCCUGGAUCUAUGGCUCAGACUGUUUCACGAGUUCAAAUAAGCACCAUGACCGUGAAGGACAACCUAAUGGUGGCCGGUGGUUUCCAAGGAGAGGUUAUGUGCAAGUAUCUAAACCAACCUGGGGUUGCCUUCUGCACUAAAGUAGCCACAGAUGAAAACGCUAUCACCAACUCUGUCGACGUUUAUAACAACCCCAGUGGCGCGAUGAGGGUUAUCACUGCGAACAAUGAUGCCCAAGUGAGGGUUUUGGAUGGCGGAAACUUCAAGUGCCUGAAUCGUUUCACGUUCCCGUGGUCUGUUAAUAACAUCUCCGCGAGUCCGGAUGGGAAGUUGCUUGCAGUUCUUGGUGACAGCCCCGAAUGUUUACUAGCAGACGCUCAAUCGGGGAAGGUUGUCAGCAACCUAAAAGGGCAUCUGGACUACUCAUUUGCGUCGGCCUGGCACCCAGAUGGAAACAUUUUGGCCACAGGGAACCAAGACACGACGUGCAGGCUGUGGGACGUGAGGAACCUAUCCGAGUCCGUGCAGGUGCUCAAGGGAAGGAUGGGUGCUAUCAGGGCCAUCCGGUUUACAUCAGACGGUCGGUUCAUGGCCAUGGCUGAGCCAGCCGACUUCGUGCAUGUGUUUGACACGAAAUCGGACUAUGCAGCAGGGCAGGAGAUCGACCUGUUUGGUGAAAUAGCCGGCAUCUCCUUCAGCCCGGAUGCAGACGCCUUGUUUGUGGGCGUUUCGGACCGGACAUACGGCAGUUUGUUGGAGUUCAAUAGGAGAAGUUAUGACAGCUACCUUAACUGCAUCUUUUAGUUCUAAAAAGAUGAGAUCGUAGCCUUUUGGUCUGAAUGGUUGGUUUCUGUGAUAUUUAUUAUGCAGAAAAAAAAAUGAAUAGAAAUUUUGCAGAUGUAAAUUGUUGUUGGUGCUUGUUCUGUAAAUGAGAACAUUUUGUGGCUUGUGUAUAUAUUAAUAUAAAUUCUAUAAUUGUCUUUC